AUGGCGCGCGCGUCGGUCGAGGCGAAGGAGGCGUGGAGACGACGACGCGAGACGACGGAUGGGCGACGCCGAGCGAUCGUCGCCGGCGCAUCCGCCGCCGCGGACGGAGGCGAGUCGGUGGCGAUCGUGAACACGGUCAAGGCCAUCUUCGGUGCCGGUGGGUUCGCGCUUCCGUGGGCGUUCGCUCAAGGUGGCAUCGCCCUGGUCGGAUCGUGCAUGUUCGCCUCCCUCGUCUUGGCGCUGGAAUCGCUUCGCAUGUUGGUCAAGUCGCAGGACGUCUUGGUCGCCGCGGGAGACGCCUCCGCGGCUGAGGUCGCCACGUACGCCGGACUCACUAAGACGGCGUUUGGUCCCAUCGGUGACGUCGCGUGUCGAGUGAUGAACGUCUUGACGUGCUUCGGGAUCACCGUGAGCUAUCUCGUGUUCAUCGCGAAGACGCUUCAGGUGUUGAUGCCGGCGUUGGGGGUGAGCGCGUUCGGCGUCGCGCCCACCUUGGUCUCCAUGCUCAACGUCGUCGGGCCGUUCAUGAUCGCGCUCGGAUGUAUCCGUGAGAUGAGCGGCGUGGCCACGAUCUCCGCCGUCGGUACCGCGUCGGUGGCGAUUGGGAUGAUCAUGACGGCCACCGCCGCGCUCUCCAAUCCGCUUCAGCUCGGAGCGCUCCCGUUGGCCAACUUUGCCGCCUUUCCGGGCUUCUUUGGCACCGUCGCCUUCUUAUUCUUCAUCCACUUCACUCUUUUCGGAAUCAAGGAAGCGAUGCCGCAGCCCGAUAAGUUCUUUGGCGCCGCGGUGAAGGCGUUUACGGGCGCAGCCGUCUUCGCCGCGGCGUUCGGCGUCGCCGGCGCAGCCGGGUACGGUCCAGCCGUCUCCGACGUCGUGGUCACCAUGCUCACCGGUUGGAGCGGUGUUUUCGUGCAGCUUUUGUUGUGCCUUAACCUCCUCGCCACGUACCCGAUCAUGGCGCAGUCCGCUCUACGAAUCUGCGAGAACGUGUUCGAGGGCGAUAAGCCGGGCUCCAUCUCGACGCCCGCCUCCAUCGGCGUGCGCACCGCGUUCACCGCGGGCGCCAUCUGGACCGCGGGCAACGUCCCUAACUUUGGCGUCGUUCUCGGCUACGUCGGGGGCGUAUGCUGCUCCAUCCUCUCCCUCGUUUUACCCGCCAUGAUCUUGUACCAAUCGCAAAACAAGGUGAAGAAUACCAUGACGGCGAACGAGCUCGCGCGCAUAGGCGGCGUCUUCGCCACCGGUCUCACGUGCAUCGUGCUCUCGAUCGUGCUGUGA